AGGAGGAGAUCCACGAAGCCAUUUUGUACCCAUUUCAAACUCAGUGUGGCUUCCCUGUGCGCCAUGGAUACGCUGACGCCAAGGAUACAGAGCGAAUUUACCUGCGUUAAAGGUCCGCAAUGAGGAAUAAAAGUAAAACGCGGUGUUGGGAGAGGGAGAGUUAAUCCAGUUUGGAUCACUUUCGCUGAACCUGAGUGGGAUCUGGCAGGUAACCGGACAUGGAGCCGCCGAGGUGUUGGAUUUGGGUCUGUGUUCUGCUCACGGUGCCGCUCGCAGGAUGUUUGGAGACGCACCUUUCGGAGACUUUACAGCCCGGGAGUGUUUUAGCAAACCUGUCCGUGGGACCUGGAUGGAUUUAUACAAUUGACAGGACUUUAUCUCCAAACUUUAUCCACAAGUUUUUCCAAGUGGAGAGGCGCAGCGGACUGAUCCGCCUGUCCCACAGGCUGAAGUGCGCGAACACAUCAAGGAACCCGGUGCCUGUUUACUUUAGGGCUGUGUCCUCAACGUCUGGAGACUCAACUCUCACGCAUUUGAACGUGUUUGUCCACGGACAGGACUGUUUUAUUAAGUACAAGAGAAAGAGUGAGCCAGACAUUCAUAUUAAACACAUUAUGAAACUAAAGUCAUCUUCCUGUUUACUGGCAGGUAAACUCUUAUUGAAUGUAAAGAAACUUUUGCCAAAAUCUACACAAGGUAUAAACCUUUUAAAUACUAAAUGUUAUGGAAAAGACUUUGUUGCUGUUCUCAGGCAUGGAGAUUUGUUCCUGGUUAAUGAUUUGUGCCUUGAGCACAGAGAAAAAAUGAGUUUAAAAUGCACCCUGCAUGGCUCUGCAGACAGCAAACUGUCUGUGCAGGUGAUUUUGACGCUUUUACAAAAUGAAAUAACCCAGAAAGCCAGAAAGUCUAACAAACUGAGGUGGAAGCGACAAGUGAACACACCUCCACAAUUCCAGCUCGCCACCUAUCAGGUGUCUGUACCAGAGAAUGAGCCCCCAUACACCCGAGUCAUUACCUUGAAGGCAACUGAUCCAGAUGAUGGAGAGGCAGGGAGGCUUGAGUACAGCAUUGAGGCUCUGUUUGACAAAAGGUCUGAUGAUUACUUUCAAAUUGAUGCAAAAACUGGAAGCAUAACAACCGUCCAGCUGCUUGAUAGAGAAGUGAAGGAUACUCAUGUUUUCAAAGUUUCUGCAAAUGACAAUGGCACGCCGAAAAGAUUUGCCACUUCUUACCUGACUGUCACAGUGAGUGAUAAAAAUGACCAUUCACCGGUGUUUGAACAAAACAAUUACAGCGAAAAGGUCAAUGAGAAUGUGGAAGUUGGCUUCGAGGUGAUGACGGUCCGUGCCACUGAUGGCGACGCCCCUUCCAAUGCCAACAUGGUUUAUACAAUUGUCAACAAAGAUGAUGAGAACUCCAUCUUUGAGAUAGACCCACGGAAUGGCGUGGUAAGGAUCAAAGAGCGGCCUGAUAGGGAGACCAAGGCCGAGUACACACUCAUUGUGGAAGCCAAUGACCAGGGGAAGGACCCUGGACCUCGAACAGCCACUGCUACAGUUCGCAUCGAGAUUGGGGAUGAAAAUGACAACUACCCCCAGUUUAGUAAGAAGAGAUAUGUGGUACAGGUCCCAGAAAAUGUAGCCGUCAACACUAAAAUUGUCCAGGUAGACGCCACUGAUAGAGAUGCUGGUAACAAUGCAAAAGUGCACUAUAGCAUCAUCAGUGGAAACAUAAAGGGUCAAUUCUACAUCAACUCCCCCACUGGAGUUAUUGAAGUUAUCAACUCUCUGGACUAUGAAGAUGUCCGGGAGUAUAAUCUGAGGAUCAAAGCUCAAGAUGGUGGAAGGCCACCACUGAUAAAUAGUACGGGGUUGGUGGUGGUACAAGUGGUGGAUGUCAACGACAAUGCUCCCAUUUUUGUCAGCACUCCUUUUCAAUCAACUGUGUACGAAAACGUACCCAUCGGUUACUCUGUUAGGCACAUUCAAGCAAUUGAUGAUGAUUCUGGAGAAAAUGCUCGUCUGGAAUACCAGCUCACUGACACAACACCUGGUUUCCCAUUCGUCAUCAAUAACAGUACAGGCUGGAUUACAGUUGGUGAGGAACUGGACAGGGAGACCAUUGAAUUCUACACCUUUGGCGUUGUAGCAAGAGAUCAUGGGAUCCCUGCUAUGUCAUCAUCAGCCAGCGUCAGCAUCACAGUGUUGGAUUUUAAUGACAAUGUGCCCACAUUUACAGAAAAUUCCUACUCUUUAAAGGUCAAUGAAGAUGCUGUGGUGGGGUCCAGUGUGCUGAUGCUGACAGCUGUGGACAGAGACAAAGACAAUGUGGUGACCUAUCAGAUCUCCAGUGGAAACACCAGAAACCGUUUUGCCAUCACCAGCCAAAGCGGCGGUGGCCUCAUCACCCUGGCCCUUCCUUUGGACUACAAACAAGAGCGACAGUACGUCCUGACGGUAACGGCCAGCGAUGGAACACGCUCUGGCACAGCUGAGGUGUUCAUCAACGUGACAGACGCCAACACACAUCGACCUGUUUUCCAAAAUGCUAACCAGCAGGUGACACUAAGUGAAGAUAAGCCUAUAGGCCACACCGUGACUGUGGUCUCUGCAACGGAUGAGGAUACGGGGGAGAAUGCUCGAAUCACUUAUAUCAUGGAAGAUAAUAUUCCUCAAUUUAAAAUUGACCCAGAUACAGGUGCUAUCACAACACAGAUGGAGAUUGACUAUGAAGUCGAUGCAUCCUACACUUUAGCCAUCAUUGCCAGAGACAAUGGCAUCCCUCAGAAAUCUGAUAUGACCUAUUUGGAGAUAAUUAUUGAUGAUGCCAAUGAUAAUGAUCCCCAGUUUGACAGCGAUAUCUAUAAGGGGAAUGUAAUUGAAAAUGCAGACAUCCGCACUAGUGUACUCAAGAUCUAUGCUACAGACAGAGAUUCUGGUCUCAACAAAAGGGUGACUUAUGCAUUUCAGGAUGGAGGUGAUGGAGAUGGGGAUUUUUUGAUUGAGCAAAAUACUGGGAUCAUCAGAACAGCUCGCAAACUGGACCGUGAGAACGUUCCUGUUUACAACCUGAGAGCUGUUGCUAUGGAUAGUGGGGUUCCUCCUAGGAAGGCAUUUGUUUCUGUUCAUAUUGAGGUCCAAGAUAUAAACGACAAUGCCCCGGUGUUUGAGAAGGAUGAGCUUUUUUUUUAUGUGGAGGAGAACAGUCCCGUGGGGUCAGUGGUUGCCCAAAUAACUGCCACAGACGCAGACGAGGGCACCAACGCAGAUAUUUAUUACCAAAUUGUGGAAGGCAAUAUUCCAGAGGUUUUCCUCCUUGACCUUCGCAAUGGGGAGCUUACUGCUCUCACAGACCUGGAUUAUGAGACCAAAAAAGAGUACAUCAUUGUGGUCCAGGCCACAUCAGCACCACUAGUGAGCCGGGCUACUGUGCAUAUCCGCCUUGUGGACAUGAAUGACAACAAACCUGUACUGCAGAACUUUGAAAUCAUCUUCAACAACUAUGUCACCAACAAAUCUAACAGUUUCCCAACAGGAGUUAUUGGUAACGUACCAGCCCAUGACCCGGAUGUGUCAGAUAAGCUGCGCUACAAGUUUGAAUCUGGAAAUGAAUUAUUAUUUUUGCUGUUGAAUGAAGACACUGGGGAUCUGAAACUGAGCAGGGAUCUGAAUAAUGACAGGGCUCUGGAGGCCCCCAUGACCAUCUCUGUCACAGACGGCCUCCAUCAAGUUGUUGCCAUUUGCACGCUGCGCGUCAUCAUAAUCACUGACGAUAUGCUCACCAACAGCAUCACGGUGCGUCUGGAGAAUAUGUCGCAGGAGCGAUUUCUGUCUCCCCUCCUCAGCCGGUUCCUUGAAGGGGUGGCGGCGGUGCUGUCCACCAAACGGGAGGCUGUGUUUGUCUUCAACAUCCAAAAUGACACCGAUGUGCAGGGCUCCAUCCUAAACGUUACCUUUUCAGCACUGCAACCAGGAAGCGCCUCGGGUAGAGGAACAUUCUUCCCCUCUGAGGAGCUCCAAGAGCAGAUCUACCUGAACAGAACGCUGCUGAGACUCAUAUCCUCUCAGGAGGUGUUGCCAUUUGAUGAUAACAUCUGCCUCCGGGAGCCCUGUGAGAACUACAUGAAGUGUGUCUCUGUGCUAAAAUUCGACAGCUCGCCGCCAUUUAUCGCCUCCAACACGGUUCUUUUUCGACCCAUCCACCCCAUCAAUGGGCUCCGGUGCCGCUGUCCUGUUGGUUUCACCGGGGACUACUGCGAGACUGAGAUCGACCUUUGCUACUCGGGGCCAUGCAAGAACAACGGAACGUGCCGCAGUCGUGAAGGGGGGUACACCUGCGAGUGCCUGGAAGACUUCACAGGCGAGCAUUGUGAGUUGAAUGCCUCUUCAGACCGCUGUGUUCCCGGUGUUUGCAAGAAUGGUGGGAAAUGCAUCAACCGACUCGCUGGAGGGUUUAUGUGCGAGUGUCCUCCAGGAGAGUUCGAGAAGCCUUACUGUGAAAUGACCACCCGCAGCUUCCCCGGGCAGUCGUUCGUAACAUUCAGGGGUCUCCGGCAAAGGUUCCACUUCACUGUGUCUUUCAUGUUUGCUACCAGAGAAAGAAAUGCUCUGCUCCUCUACAACGGCAGGUUCAAUGAGAAACACGACUUUAUCGCCCUGGAGAUCAUUAAGGAACAGAUUCAGCUUACCUUUUCCGGAGGUGAGACUAUAACCACAGUGACCACCUACGUCCCUGGAGGAGUUAGUGACGGACAAUGGCAUUCGGUCCAGCUCCAUUACUACAACAAGCCUAACAUCGGCCGCCUCGGCAUCCCUCACGGACCCUCUGCAGAGAAGGUGGCAGUGGUCGCUGUGGACGACUGUGACAUCUCCAUGGCAGUUCGCUUUGGGAAACAGAUUGGCAACUACACCUGCGCCGCCCAGGGCACCCAGACCGGACAGAAGAAAUCGUUGGACUUGACUGGCCCUCUGUUGCUGGGAGGAGUUCCCAAUCUGCCUGAGGACUUCCCAGUCAGGAACAGAAACUUUGUGGGCUGCAUGAGAAACUUAACUAUCGACAGCAAACCCAUCGACAUGGCCAGCUACAUCGCUAACAAUGGCACCACUGCAGGUUGUCCAGCAAAGAAGAACUUCUGCACAGACAAUGUGUGUCUGAACGGAGGCGUGUGCGUUAGCAAGUGGAACACCUACAGCUGCGACUGUCCUACCGGCUAUGGGGGCAAAAGCUGUGAACAAGAGAUGCCCUCUCCUCAGUUCUUUGAUGGCCAGGCACUGGUAUCUUGGAGCGAGCCGGAUAUAACUGUCGCUGUUCCCUGGUACAUGGGUCUCAUGUUCCGGACCCGGCAGCCAACUGGGACUCUGAUGCAGGUCAAUGCUGGAUCCUCCUCUACCAUUAACAUAAUGGUGAGGGAACAGCAGAUCCGUAUGGAAGUGCUGUUGAAGGAGAAGUUAUUGGCAACGUUGGGUUUCCCCCAAGUCCGUGUCAACGACGGAGAGUGGCACCACUUGCUGGUAGAAAUAAGAAGCAUUAAAGAUGGCAAAGAAAUUAAAUACAUGGCAGCUGUUUCCUUGGAUUACGGAAUGUACAAGAAGUCUGUUCAGAUCGGUAAUGACCUACCAGGUUUGAAGGUAGAGACACUCCAUGUUGGAGGGCUGCCUGGAGAGGGAAACAUUGUCAAUAGAGGAUUUGUCGGCUGCAUACAGGGUGUGCGCAUGGGAGAGACCGCUACCAAUGUGGCCAAUGUGAACAUGGCCCAGGGCCUGAAAAUCCAUGUGGAGGAUGGCUGCGAUGUGGCAGACCCUUGCGACUCCAACAUCUGUCCUGAGAACAGCCAUUGUAGCGAUGACUGGACCACACACACCUGUGUCUGUGACCCAGGCUACUUUGGUAAGGAGUGCGUGGACGCUUGUAAGCUCAAUCCCUGUGAGCAUGUCUCCAAUUGUGUCCACAAGCCGAGUUCAUCUCACGGAUACACUUGUGAAUGUGGAGAAAACUACUAUGGCCAGUACUGUGAAAACAAAGUGGAGAAACCAUGUCCUCCUGGUUGGUGGGGUAGCCCAGUGUGUGGGCCCUGCAACUGUGACACAAGCAAAGGAUUUAAUAAGGAGUGCAACAAAACCACCGGAGAGUGCCGCUGCAAGGAUAACUACUAUCGGCCUGAGGGCGAGGACACCUGCUACCCCUGUGACUGUUUCCACAUAGGCUCCGAGUCUCGAACAUGCGACCCAGUCAGCGGGCAGUGCCCCUGCAAGGGAGGCGCCAUCGGCCUUCAGUGCAAUCGCUGCGAUAACCCAUUUGGUGAAGUAACACCUAAAGGAUGUCAGGUUGUGUAUGAACACUGCCCAAAGGCAUUUGAUGCUGGCAUUUGGUGGCCAAAGACCAAAUUUGGACGCCCUGCUGCUAUGGACUGUCCCAAAGGAUCUAUCGGUACAGCUAUUCGUCAUUGUACUGAUAAGGGCUGGUUGUCUCCUGAACUUUUUAACUGUACCACAGAGACUUUAUCCAGUUUGAAGAAGAUGAAUGAGGAGCUGCGUCGCAACAGCUUUAAGAUGAAUAGUGAACAGUCCAAAGACAUUGUGCGUUUGCUGCACAGUGCCACAAAUAAGAAGCCGCACUUCUACGGCAACGAUGUCAAGAUGGCGUCCCAACUGCUGAAUCACGUGCUGAAGUACGAAAGCCGGCAGUCUGGCCUCAAUCUCACUGCCAUGAAGGAUGCAAAGUUCAAUGAGAAUUUGGUGCGAGCAGGCAGUGCCAUUCUGGACCCCGGCACCAAGGACCACUGGGACCAAAUCCAGAGGACAGAAGGCGGCACCGCACACCUGCUUCGCAACUUUGAGGACUAUGCCAACACCUUGGCCCAAAAUGUCAGGAAAACCCACCUCAAACCAUUCACCAUUGUCACUGACAACAUGAUAUUAACUGUUGACUACUUGGAUGUGUCAGACCCAGAGAAGGCAACGCUACCUCGCUUUAAAGACAUCCAGGAGUCUUACCCCAAAGAGCUUGGAUCUUCCGUGCACUUCCCGUUUUUAACUUACAAGGUCAUGUCCAAAAAGGUAAGAACCAAAUCUAAAUCAGAACUACUCUGCCUCUUUUACUACAUUCUGAUCCAUCAGCUCUUUCCUCUUUUUGCCACAGAGAAGCCAACUCCAGAACCUCAAACCCAGACUGGUCACCCUAAAGGGGAGGAGCACAGGGCGUCUGAAAGAACACGACGUCACCUAGAGCCACCCAAACCUAAAAUGGUGGCCGUCGUCAUUGUUUACAAGUCGCUGGGCCAGCUACUCCCAGAAAGAUACGACUCAGACCGGAGGAAUUUGAGGGUUCCCAACCGUCCAGUGAUCAACACAGCAGUAGUAAGUGCCACAGUCCACAGUGAAGGUCCACCCUUUCCUCCAGUCCUGGACCCACCCAUCACCUUGGAGUACACUCUGCUGGAGACAGAGGAGCGGACAAAACCAGUCUGUGUUUACUGGGACCACUCUUCCUCGAUUGGAGGUACAGGCGGGUGGUCCUCCAAAGGCUGCGAGGUGCUAGACAGGAACAACACUCACAUUAGCUGCCAGUGUAAUCACAUGACUAGCUUUGCUGUGCUGAUGGACAUCUCCAAGAGAGAGCAUGGCGAUGUCCUCCCACUGAAGAUCGUCACUUACACCACAGUCUCCAUCUCCCUCUUCCUCCUCCUUCUCACCUUCAUCCUUCUGUGCCUUCUGCACCGACUCCGAUCCAACCUGCACGCCAUCCACAGGAACCUGGUGGCGACGCUCUUCUUCUCCGAGCUGGUCUUCCUGCUAGGCAUCAAUCAGACGGACAACAUGUUUGUGUGUACCGUAAUAGCCAUCCUCCUCCACUACUUUUACAUGUGCACCUUCGCCUGGAUGUUCGUUGAGGGUCUGCACAUUUACCGUAUGUUGACCGAGUUGCGAAACAUCAACCAUGGACACAUGAGGUUCUACUACGCCAUUGGCUGGGGCAUACCCGCUGUCAUCACCGGUUUGGCAGUCGGCCUAGACCCUCAAGGUUACGGAAAUCCAGAUUUCUGCUGGCUUUCCGUUCAUGACACUCUGAUCUGGAGCUUCGCAGGACCCAUUUUCGUGGUCGUUCUUGUGAAUAUAGUGAUCUUCGUUUUAGCUGCGAAGGCUUCCUGUGGUCGAAGGCAGAAGGUUGUGGAGAAAUCAGGAGCUAUUCCUGCGCUGCGUAUGGCCUUUCUCCUCCUGCUACUUAUCAGCGCCACCUGGUUGCUCGGCCUCAUGGCUGUCAACAGCGAUGUAAUGACUUUCCACUAUCUGUUUGCCAUCUUCAGCUGCUUACAGGGAGUCUUCAUCUUCUUCUUUCAUGUGAUCUUCAACAAAGAAGUGAGGAAAAACCUCAAGAAUGUCUUCACAGGUAAAAAGACGGUCCAGGACGACUCCAGCACCACCAGGGCGUCCUUACUCACCCGCUCUCUCAACUGCAACACAUACGCAGAGGACGGCCCGCUGUAUCGCACAGCCAUCGGGGAGUCCAACGUCUCCUUGGACAGUACACUCAGGUCAGCCAAGAGCCGCAGCAGCUACCUGGCUUACGCACACAGGGAAGAGUCGGGUCAGAAGCCCAGCUCAUCAGGAACGGCUAAAGGACACACAGAUCUUGAUGGACCUCUUUUCCAUCGAAAUGGCACCAAAGGAGAUGACUCUGACUCAGACAGUGAGAUGUCUGUCGACGACGAACACAGCUCCUCCUACGCUUCCUCCCACUCCUCUGAUAGCGAGGACGAAGAUUUAGAUGUCAAGACUAAAUGGAACAACGAGAGACCCCUUCACAGCACCCCUAAAGGUGAUUCAGUUUCCAAUCAUGUAAGACCUUACUGGCCAACAGGGGGCACCACAGCUAGUGACAGCGAGGACCCAGGUGGGACAGACAGGCUGAGGGUGGAGACAAAGGUGAACGUGGAACAGCAUCCGGAAAAUAAACUGAACCACAUCGGUGAAACGGAGAGGGAAGCUCCCCUGGAGGGAGACAAGGAGAUGCCUGGUAACGGCAAAGACCUGGCGCCUCCUGGCCAACCCAACAGCAACCACCAGCCAGAGCAGAGAAAAGGUAUCCUAAAGAACAAGAUCAGCUAUCCUCCUCCUCUGAAUGACAAGAAUAUGAAGAACCGUAUGAGGGAGAAGCUGAGCGACUACAGCUCCCCCACCAUCACCUCUCCCCCACCCAUCAACAAUAACAACACCUCGGGCCUGCCUCCCUCCUCCGUCAACAUCAUGAACCCUUCGUCCCGGCCGUCGUCGCAGGCCUCCAACGACAGAGCUCGCCUUGGCAACCACGAGCGCGGAUCUCUGGUGAAGCCACCUAUCACUCCUCGCCCUCAGAUUCCCUCCGGUCCACCACUAGGGGGCAUCUAUCGGGAAACCAAUGGGGGCGUGGCCAUGCACUUAAAGACCGGGACAGUGAAUGGAGGAAACCACUCCGACUCAGAUGGCAGUAACGAGACUUCAAUCUGACCCGUUAGGGAGUUCGAGACUAGCCCACCCCUGUGAGAGGAGAAGCCUGCAGACGGGACGUGUGCCGAGAAGGGAAGAAAAAUAAA